AUCCAGCCGCCUCGCAUGGACCCCCGGCGGUAGUCGCAGGCCGUUCCUCCUCCCCCAGCUCCGGCGGACCGUCAGUCAUGUUCGCCGUGCGCAUCGUCACCGCGGACUUCUACCUCUCCAGCCCCGUCAAGGACCUGGACGUCUGCUACUCGGAGUUCAGGGAGAGCGACGUGAGGAGAGUUCCGGUGGUGCGGAUCUUCGGAGCGACCCCCGCAGGUCAGAAGACGUGCCUCCACCUCCACGGCGUCUUCCCCUACAUCUACGUCCCGUACGAUGGCACCGGGCCGGAGGAGCGCCACCUGCGCCAGGUGGCCUUCAGCAUCGACAGGGCCCUCAACGUGGCCCUGGGGAACCCCGCCUCCAGCGCCCAGCACGUCUUCAAGGUGGUGCUGGUCUCCGGCAUGCCGUUCUACGGUUUCCACGCCAAGGAGAAGCACUUCAUGAAGAUCUACCUGUACAACCCUCAGAUGGUGAAGAGAGUGUGUGAGCUGCUGCAGAGCGGAGCGGUGAUGAACAAGAGCUACCAGCCCCACGAGGGCCACGUGCCCUACCUGCUGCAGCUCUUCAUGGACUACAACCUGUACGGCAUGAACCUGGUCCACCUGGGGGCCGUCAAGUUCCGCCGGAGCCACGCCCGGGACGAAGCCUCCUCGGCCACAGACAGACCUGCCACCAGCCCCUGGAGGAGCCCCUGUACCUCCAGACUGGACUCCAGCACGGCGGGAGGGACGUUUGUCCGCUGGGAGGAGGACUCCAUCCCCUGCUCGCUGGUCCUGGACGAGGUCGGCAAGCAGAGCACGUGCGAGCUGGAGGUGGACGCCGUGGCCGUGGACAUCCUCAACCGCCUGGAAAUAGAGAAUCAGAUCGGCAGGAAUCCCGGGCUGCAGGCCAUCUGGGAGGACGAGAAGCAGAGGAGGAGGGAGAAGAACCAGAGCUCCCAGAUCGAAGCUCCAGAGUCUCAAGACCGUGCGUUCGCCACGUCCACGGAGAGCGAGAAAGUCCUGCUGAAGAGGUUCAAAGACAUCCUGAAGGAGAACAACUUUGAUGUGACUCAGGAGCUGUCUGUGGGGGACCUGGAGGACCAGGGGGACCUGGAGGACUCGGGGGACCCCCCUGCUGAUCUGAGCCUGCAUCUGGACCCUCUGAGCCCGGACCACCUGCCCUGCUCCCUGGCUAACGCCGUGGAGGUGCACAGGGACUCACAGCCAGACUCAGCGAGGAGCAGCAGUAAAGUCCCAGAGGAGGCAGUGGUGGACGAGGAGGCCAUCCUGAGCCUCCUGGAGAGCAGUCAGUCGUUCCUCCCUCCGUCUCAGAAAUCCGGCCGCUCCACCCUGCUGGAGAGCAGCCAGGACCAGCCCCUCAUCGACCUGCUGGCCGGCCUGGAGGACGACGGCUUCUGCAGGACCUCCGCCAGGCAGGGCUCGCAGCCGCUGGCCUACCACUGCAACAGCGACGAAGAGGAGGCGGAGCCGGAGGUGGACCGGGAGGAGGCGGAGCUCAGUGUCCUCAUGUCUCAGCGGUGGGACGGCGAGGCCCCCGACGGCUCCCCGUCCUCUGUGAGAACCGGUGUGAAGGAUGCUGAGGACGCGCUGAGCGACGACCACCAGGAGUCCUCUGACGAGGACAUGGAGUGGAGCGGGAACAGCUCGCUGUACGCCAACCUGUCCAUCCCGCAGCUGGACGGGGCUGCCGACGAGAGCAGCGAUUCGUCGCUAACGGACAGUGGCUCCAUGACUCAGUCUUCACUCACAGUCACAGAGAAGAUGUUGGGGAAGAGAAAUCCCUUCCCCGGCGAGACGGUCCCCCUGGAAACUCCGUCCUCGGCCAAGACCCUUCUGGAGCUCAAGCAUCACGAGCACAGGCCGGCUCACGUCUUGGAGAAGGAGCCGCCGUUAGACAAGCACUUUCAGCUGAAGAGCAGCCAGGACGGCAGCAGCGAAUGUUCGGCAGGCUUCAGGGUCAAUAAGGAGAUGCCCUACAUCCUGCCGGUCAAGCACCCCAUUCCCUGCAAAACGGCCAGUCAGCCCGAGGUGUCGCCCAUCUGCGCCAACACCGAGGACAUAAGACCCCUGUACAGCUACGACAAGAAGGCUUUAAACAAGACGGAGCGAGAAAGUUUCACCAAGAACCGGAAGAAGUACGGCAGCAUCAAGAAUGUAGAAAGCAACUGUCUGUCCAUCCUCCAGAACCACAGGACCUUCUCUUUCUGUUACUCCGAGCUGAGGAAGACCGAGCUGGAGCUCGGCGCCAAGGACACUAAGAGUCCCAUCCUGAGGAACAUCGCCUCUGCACCGUCGCCCAUCAAGGACGAGUUCCUCGAUCCCCAGGAGGAGGAAAUGGGCCAGGACACCGAGGAGGGAGACGUGGGCGAACUGAAAAUCAGGUACGAGGACUAUCAGGAAAACAAGACUGAGCGGACUAUUGUGGCCCAGCAGGAAGCACAUUACGAGUUCUUUCCCAGCGUCAUCCUCUCCAACUGCCUCAGCAGGAAGAAAGCCGGGAGCAAGAAGCUUGCUGAUCCCCUCAACAAGACAGAACAGACCCAGCCUCGCCGGUCGAAGCUUAAGAAAAGGUUAGGAAUGACUGGAAGUAAGAGCAAACUAAAGAUUGUCCAGAACUCUACCUCCGACAGCCAGGACAGCACCAAUCCCACGCCUGAUCCCACCUCAGCCACAGCUUCUGAUCCAGAGACCACAGAGUCAGAGAGGUCUUCGUCUGAAAGUCAGCCAGUAGAGGAGACACAGCCAGUCCCAGAGGGUCCAGCCACAGAGGAAGUGUUGGUCGUGAAAGAGGAGAAAGAAAGCGAGGAGAUGCCUUCGGUUGAACAGACUGUAGAUGUGACGAAACCCAUCGAAUCAAGCUCCUCUGCUGGUUCCUGUCUCUCUGAGGAGGUGAAGGACUCCGCAGACGACGGGCCAAUCCAAGAACUGUCCGCUAAAAUCACCUGCACCAAACCGUCGGCACUGCCUGGGAGUAAAUACAGCCUGAGAGCCAAACGGAAGAUGAACUGUGACGGGGAGGACGGAGAGCCGUCCGGCACCGCUCGUUCUAGAAACUCUGCCAAAGAACAGCUGAAGGACAACAGUGUUUCCGGCGGACACGAGCUCAAGUCCCAGAAAAGACGCAAGAAAGAACCUCCGAUCAUUAUCAAGUACAUCAUCAUCAACAGAUUCAAGGGACAGAAAAACAUGCUAGUGAAGAUGUCCAAAGUCAGUGCAGAGGAACAGUUGGUGCUGUUGACUCAAGACAGGCUGGAGAGGUACGAUAAGCUGGCUCCUCUUAAAGAUUUCUGGCCCAAGGUGCCGGAGUCCCCCGCUGUCAAGUUUCCAGUGACCGAGCCGAAGGCCAAAAAGCACCCUAAAAGAAAAGCUAAGGUCAGCUCGUCAAAUAAAAAGGUGGUGAACACUCCCAAAGCUCGGAUCAGAAAGGUGGGGAAGGUGAAAAGGACCGGCGGCUGUCAGAGGGGCUUGGUGCUGCCCUCCCUACCGCCCGCUCGGCCGUGUUACUGUGAGCUGGCAGAUGACCACGAGUCCGAGUUGACAGACGUUAUGCUGGAGCUGGGCUACCUCUCAGAUCGAUCCCCCAGCCCCACAAAUUUAUCCCCCCCUCGCUGCUGGUCCCCAAGUGACCCUCUCAUGGACGUCGUCGGUUCAGAGCAGCUGAUCAACCCGCUCAACGACCCCUGUCUCAGCUCUGCUGUUCAAAAGCCACGGGCAGCGUCUUCAUCCAAAGGAGCACAGAAGAAGCGCCAAGCUGCCAAACCCAAGAAGUCCCCAAACGGUAAGAGGAAGCCCAAUCGGUCGGCGAAGAAGGCUCCAGAGGCAGAAGAGCCCAAGAGAGGGAGACCUAAACGAAUCGGCGCCUCGCCCAGGCAGAGGAAGAAGGCUGAAAGUCCCGUCAGCAGUGCUACACCCACCACAAGACCUCGAAGAGCUCGGAAAAAGAAGAGUCCAAAACCGAGAGGUAAAAGCCGUUCGCAGGUUCCUUCCUCACACAAUGAGGCGUGUUCUCCUGAAAACGGCACUAAAGACCCUGCAAACCUAGACAGCGGCAGUUCUCAGGGUCCAUCUCAGAGUCGGAGGUCAGACUUUAUAGAACCAAAGGUUGAAGACUGUGAGACCUCCAUAAUGGAAGUCAACCAAAGUGUUUUAGCUCCAGUUCAGGUGAAGCAGACCGGGUGCCAGACCACCACGGUGAAGACCGAAGCCUCGCAGGAGGAGAGCACAACUCCCAUCCCUACUCAAUCUGGUCCCUCCUCACUCAAACCCAGUGAGGACAAACCGCCAUCAGCAGCUUCUCCACAGGCAGGGGAGACCCCCACGCUGUCCGGGACGCCGUCUGGACUGGCUGUGCUCAAGCAGCUGCUCCAGAAGAGGCGGCAGGUUCAAGCACUUCCUGUACAAGCUGUCGGCACAGACAGACACCCCACCGCCGUGGCUCAGGCUGCAGCCGCACUGUCUCCCGCAGAGAAACCCACCAAAUCCAGAAAAGCUCCGUCCACGGCUCCCCGGAAACCCAGGGCCCCAAAGUCCACCAAUCCCCAGGAUAAAAGGCCCCGAGGCCGGAAAGCCAAGAUCAGCAGCGCCCAGCCAAACACGGCGGUGAAGCAGGAGGCGAGCGUGGACGAGGGCUCCCCUCCCUUCCUCGCAGAAUCCGGACUGGACAGUAACUGUAACUUCAUGGAGGACAGCUUAUCACCAGAGCUCCCGCACAACUACACCUUCGAUAUAAACGCCAUCGACCAGACGCAGUUCUCCAGUGCUUACAGCGGCAGUCAGUUUAUCCUGGCCGACAAAAACCUGCCAGUGAAAUUUCUGAGUGACAUCAGCCAGGAGGCCGUGUCUGCUCAGGCUCCUGCUGUUGAAAAGAAGCUGGAUAAGCCUUGCAGCUCUGCGGAGGAUCUUCACCGGGACGCUCCCAGUCCGGACCUCUUCGACAGAUCGGACAACAGAGAGUCUGCAUCGAACUUUGUGUCGUUUGAAGCAGACAAAAUGAAGAGCAGAGAGUGGGACUUGUCUUUUGGUAAAGCCCAUAACCUCAGCCCCUUCCAAGACUUCCACUGUGAGAGAAAAGAGCUGCUCUUUUCAGUUUUUGACCCGGUCUUGCCCCUGCCUUUAAGCUCCGCCUCCCUCGUCGACCACGACGGCUCGCCGACGAGCGAGCUUCCGGACGGCGUCGACGGGCUGACGUCCACCACGCCCAGCAGCUCGCCGUGCUCCAUCAGCUCACAGGGGAGGGCGGGCCUCCAGCAGAGAGGGGCCGGGGGCGGGACGCACAUCCUGAAGCCCCUCAUGUCCCCCCCAAACCGCGAGGAGAUCCUCAGCACUCUGCUGGACCUGGAGAUGUCCGAGGCCACCUUCCAGGAACCCUUCUGCAGCGACCCUUCGGAUGCACCAGGAAAACCAAUGGAGGUCGGUGGAAGGAAACUCACCGUGGAGACCAGAUUGACCAGAGAACUUGCGGAGUUCAGUGGAGACUUGUCUUUGGACGGCCUCCAUUUCUGGAAGACGGCCUUCUUGGCCAUGACGCACCCCGCCGGCGCCGCCGCUCCCUCCCCCCACGGGGCCCACACGGCGAAGCAGCCGGCGGAGGCGGACCCGCCCGCAGAUAAGAAGGUGGUCCUCCUCCCGUGCAGAAACCCACCCAGCCGCCAGCGGGUGCAGCUGUGGCUGGAGGCCCGGCGGCAGUACGAGAGUUUGCAGCGAGCGAGGAGGGAGACGGGGCUGCCCAAGAAGGAGGGGCCCGACUCGGAGGAGGGGGGCCCGGAGAGAGGCGAGCCGGCCGCCUCCAGCUGCGUGAGGGUGGAGCUGUGCGGGAACCCGUCCAGCGUCAGGACUCAGAGGAGGAAGAAGCGCAGCCUCGCCCUCUUCAACACGCAGCGUGAAGCCACCUGCCUCAGCCCCAUCUCAGACCAGGACGGCGUGGCUCCACAGCAGGAGCAGCAGGAGGAGGAGGAGGAGGGGAGCAGCUGUCCAGACUCCCCGGAGCUGCCCUCGUGGCAGCCCCACCCCUCAGACCCGGACCGCCUCGGCCCCGCCGACCCGCUCUCACAGAGGCUCUCAGGACAGACCGGGAGUCCCACGUGUCUCCACGCCGGAGCCCGGAGGGAGGACCAGACCAGCCCCCUCCCCCGGGACGGCACGCCGUUCCUGAAGAGGCGAUGGCGGAACCAGGAGGACGCUCAGCCGGUGUGCAGCACGCCGAUAUCUCAAGAAGGUCCCAGCGCUCAGAGGCUUCAGCAGAGGAGGAGAAGCCAGGCGGACCCGCUGAGGAGAGUCCUGCUGAGCACCCAGAUGAAGAACCAGUUUGCUGCUUUGAAUGUGCCAAAGAAAGAGAACUCUCAGAUCGAGGGGAACAGCAUCGCCAACUCCUACGGAUUCAGAGUCAGCAUGCAGAAUCUGCAGGACGCCAAAGCUCUGCACGAGGUCCAGUACCUCACGCUCAUGGGAAUGGAGCUCCAUGCCAGAACCCGCCGUGACCUGGAACCCGACCCCGAGUUUGACCCCGUAUGUGCCUUAUUCUACUGCCUCAGCUGCGACGCCCCGCUGCCGGGCGCCGACGGCACCCAGGUGACGGGCGCCAUCGUGGUGGACGGCGCCCACCAGAGCAGGGGUCAAGGUUGCAGAGCCGCGGCGCCCCUGCUGGUCAGGUCGGGCGUCUCCGGCCUGCAGGUGACGUACGUCACCGAGGAGAAGACGCUGUUUCAGGAGCUGGUCGCUGUCAUGAGGAGGUUCGACCCGGACAUCCUGCUGGGCUACGAGGUGCAGAUGCGCUCCUGGGGUUACCUCCUGCAGCGCGCCGCCGCCCUCGGGGUGGAUCUCUGCCAGCAGCUGUCCCGAGUCCCAGGCGACUCCAAAGAGAACCGCUUCGCAGCAGAGCGGGACGAGUACGGCGCCGACACCAUGACGGAGAUCAGCAUCAUCGGACGCAUCACCCUCAACCUGUGGAGGGUGAUGAAGACCGAGGUGACGCUCAACAACUACAGCUUCGAGAACGUGGCCUUCCACGUGCUGCACCGGCGGUUCCCCCUCUACAGCCCCGGGACGCUGACCGAGUGGUUCGACCACAACACCGACCUGCACAGGUGGAAGCUGGUGGACCACUACGUGAGCCGUGUGCUGGGCACCAUGCAGCUGCUGCAGCAGCAGGACAUCGUGGGGAGAACCAGUGAGCUCGCUCGGCUGUUUGGAAUCCAGUUCUACCACGUUCUGACCCGAGGAUCCCAGUACCGUGUGGAGUCCAUGAUGCUGCGCGUGGCCAAGCCGCUCAACUACAUCCCGGUGACGCCCAGCGCGCAGCAGCGAGCCCAGCAGAGGGCGCCGCAGUGCAUCCCGCUGAUCAUGGAGCCCGAGUCCCGCUUCUACAGCAACUCGGUGGUGGUGCUGGACUUCCAGUCGCUCUACCCCUCCAUCGUCAUCGCCUACAACUACUGCUUCUCCACCUGCCUGGGCCACGUGGACAGCCUGGGAACGCCGGACGAGUUCAAGUUCGGCUGCACGUCUCUGCGGGUCGCUCCAGAGCUGCUGCACCAGCUCCGCAACGACAUCACAGUGUCGCCCAGCGGCAUCGCCUUCGUCAAGUCGUCCGUCCGCAGAGGCGUCCUGCCCAGCAUGCUGGAGGAGAUCCUGCGCACCCGCAUCAUGGUCAAACAGUCCAUGAAGGCCUACAAGCAGGACAAGUCUCUGCUGAGGCUGCUGGACGCCCGGCAGCUCGGCCUCAAGCUCAUCGCCAACGUCACCUUCGGAUACGCCGCCGCCAACUACUCCGGCCGCAUGCCCUGCGUGGAGGUUGGAGACAGCAUCGUACACAAAGCCAGAGAAACUCUGGAGAGAGCCAUCAAGCUGGUCAACGACACCAAGAAGUGGGGCGCACGGGUGGUGUACGGAGACACGGACAGUAUGUUUGUUCUGCUGAAAGGAGCCACUAAAGAGCAGGCCUUUAAGAUCGGGAAUGAGAUCGCAGAGGCAGUGACGGCGACCAACCCCAAACCGGUCAAGCUCAAGUUUGAAAAGGUGUACCUGCCCUGCGUGCUGCAGACAAAGAAGCGCUACGUUGGCUACAUGUACGAGAGCCUGGACCAAAAGGAGCCCGUGUUCGAUGCCAAAGGGAUCGAGACGGUGCGGCGCGACGGCUGCCCCGCCGUUUCCAAGAUCCUGGAGCGCUCCAUCAAGCUGCUGUUCGAGACGCGCGACGUCAGCCAGGUGAAGCAGUUCGUGCAGCGGCAGUGCGUCAAGGUUCUGGACGGGCGGGCCAGCAUGCAGGACCUGACCUUCGCCAAGGAGUACCGGGGCAGCGGCUCCUACCGGCCGGGAGCCUGCAUCCCCGCUCUGGAGCUCACCAGGCGGAUGAUGGCGUACGACCGGCGGCUGGAGCCGCGGGUGGGCGAGCGCGUCCCCUACGUGGUGGUGUACGGCAUGCCGGGCGUGCCGCUCAUCCAGCUGGUGCGGCGCCCCGCGGAGGUGCUGCAGGACGCCGGCCUGCGCCUCAACGCCACCUACUACAUCAGCAAGCAGAUCCUGCCGCCGCUGGCCCGCGUCUUCCAGCUCAUCGGCGUGGACGUGUUCGGGUGGUACCAGGAGCUGCCGCGGAUCCAGAAGGCGUCCUGCUCGGCGGCGGCGGCGGGCGGCGAGGAGCCGGGCAGGAAGGGAACCAUCUCGCAGUACUUCACCACGCUGCACUGCCCCGUGUGCGACGAGCUGACGCAGCUGGGCGUGUGCGCUCAGUGCCGCCAGCAGCCCCAGAGGGUGGCCGUGACCCUCCAGCAAGGCAUGAGGCAGCUGGAGAGCCAGCAAGAGCAGCUCCUGAAGCUGUGCAGGAGUUGCAGCGGCAGUGCGGAGCGCCAGGCGUCCUGCGUGUCUCUGGACUGUCCCGUCCUCUACAAGCUGUCCCGGGUCAGCAGGCAGCUCUCCAGGGCGCCGUACCUCCGCCAGCUGCUGGAGCAGUUCUGAGGCUCCGCCCCCUCCCCUCCCCCGCCCCCCACCCACCCACCUCGCUCAGUGUUGAUUGUCCUUUGAGUUGUGACCGUCGGUGCUCGGGUUGCGUCUCGUCUUGUGGCUGGUGUGUCCGCCGUCGGGCUGAAGGAUCUUUUUCUAUGAACUCUGACCUGAACGGCUUCACCUGGACUCAUCUCGGCUCGUCUGCGCCGCACGAACUGGAGACCUGCAGUUCGUUCUGUUUGGUUUUUUUUGUUUUUUUUAACCUGGGACUGUUGCAAUACUGUGUUUGAAUCAUUUCUGUCAUUCAUAUGUGUGUGUGUGUGUGUUUCCACCGCCAUCUGCAGACACACAGCUGUGUAUUUGUAUAAAUGUAAAAAAAACAAACAAAACAAAAGCAAACAAGGAAAGAGUCAAAGUGAAGGACGUGUUUUUCUUUGUUUUUAUUGGACGUUGCUGUUGGUGGAGCUUUGAGAUUGAUAUAAUAAAAAGUCAAUGUAUU